UGGAAAAACAAACGGCGAGAUGCGCGUCUCUUCUUCCCGGUCACUCAUCAGAUAUUUACGUUUGCAGCGUUGAAGAGCAGUGCUGCUGGUGACAUUAAUAAACCGAGAACAACAUGAAUUUAAUGAGUCGUUCAGGUUGUUCCUUUAUAAAUCGUCGCGGUGGGAUCGUUUAAUUUGAUUACGUUAAAUGCGCCGGCUUGUGAUCACAUGUCCCGCGUGUGGAAAUGUUUGUUUGGAGCGUUGGGUGUUUUGUGAUUAUGAGCGUGUUGCUGUUUAUCGCGCGAGCUCUUGUAAUCAAUGCAGCAUUAUCCAUUGUUCAUCAAGAGGAAUCACAGCGCAGAAAAGAGAUGAGGCGAAGUAUCAGUUCUUCACAGCAGUACGCAGAGGACGCCAUCUCAGGCCACGCCCCCUACACCUUAUUAGGUCAGUGGGCGGGGCAGAGAAGCAGCAGACACGCCUCACAGCGGAGCGAGACGAAGCCUUCAGCGUUUGGAGUCUCCUUCCACAAGUGCGCUCAGGUGGACUGGGGGGGCAGUGUGUCUGCGCAGGUGCAGGUGCGUCUGGAGGUCAGUAAUCCGCAGGAGGGUGGUGAUCUGUCGCAGCUCUGCAUCCGUGACUCUGUGUCUGGGGUCACUCUGCUGCAGACUAACGGCAGCGUCCAGGAGAGAGGCUUCCAGACCUUCAGCGCCGACUCACUGCGCGCUGGCUCUCAGUAUGUGGUUUUGUACAGGAUGAGUGUGAAAGGAGACUCUGAACUCUCAACAGAGAUUCUCAAUCUCCCAGCGUUUCUGACCUUCUCCAACGCCACUCAGAAUGACAUUCAUCUGUUUGGUCCAGUGAUCGCCAAUUUCACUGUGAGGAUAAACACCACUGAACAGGCUGGUGUGGAUCGCUCUCUUCUCCUCGUGGGAUUCAUGGUCUCCUUUCUCCUGACGCUCCUGUUGGCGUCUCUGAACUUCCUGCGGCGCAGACGACUGCUCAGCUGUGCUCCACACACGAGAAGCAGCAUCAAUGAAGAGUGUGACAUCACUGCUUCAGCCAAUGAGGAGGCAGCGUUUGAGGAUAAGUUUGUGGAUAUCGUGAUGUUGGAGGAACCACAAAACAUGAUUCAAGUGCUUGACAGUCUGCAGGUGUCGUGUGUGUUGCGCGCGGCGGUGUGGGUGGAGCGAGUGCGGGUGCAGAUGUUUAAGGGGCUGCUGUCUGUGCUGCUGGCGGGAGUUCGGGCGGCGGGGCGUCUGAGUUAUCGGGGCGAGAGGCGUGUUCUGGGGGUCAUUAAUGGGCAGAUCGUGGGCAUGGAAGGAAGAGUCCAGGAGGAGCAUGUGGCGCGGAUGGCAGCGCUCGCCGCUCAGUGUAACCUGGAGACGCAGGAGGAGAUGGAAACACAGCAGCGCAAACACAUGAGCGAGACGUCACACGCAGAGCUACUGUUCCAGCACACGCCGCGGCCGCAGGACGUGCUGGAGGUUCGUUCUCUACUGGAGAAGCUUCAUAAGGAAGAGCUGAAGCGUCUGCAGAAGCGGCUCCUGGUCAGGCAUGAACACGCAUCUGCGCAGGCACAGAGGCAGCAGGCGCUGCGGCGGCGCUUUGAGCUGCACAAGAUCUUUGGUGAGGAGCUGGAGGAGGCCGUCCGAACCGGAGAGCUGGAGAAAAGCACCGCCGACAAACUCCUGCUGCAGUACUACAGCCGUCAGGAUGCUCUGGAGGAGGUGCUUGAUGUCCUUCUGGCCAAUCAGAGAGCACUGCUGGCCGAGCAACAUGCGGAGCGCUGCUUCCUGCUGCAGAGUUUCCAGAGUCUUCAGGCCGUGACGAGUGAGGCAUUCAGCAGCAGCGCACGACGCAUCAGAGACGCACAAGCUCAUGGGGAGUGUGGUUUCUCCCAACAGUGUUCUGAUGUUCAUUUGGAGAUUCUGCGGGUCAAACAGAAUUUAGAAGAAAGCAUGAGUCGUGAGCGCAGCGCCAUCCGCUGUGACAUCAUCAAGAAGAGACGGCAGCUGCUGUCUGAGAAGGUGUGUGAACACUGGCAUCAGCUGCAGGCUGUGAGCGCUUCCUCUGACGUCACGGUGGAUCAGUACCUGCAGAGAUGGACAGAAAUACUGAUGUACCAGAGCAAUGAACUAUCAGAACUCAUCAAUCACCUGGACGAAGAGACGGCAGGCAGGACACGCAAGAUGAGUCUGUGUUUGCUGCAGAGUUCACUAGCGGAGCUGAAGGCGCAUGCGUCUGCGUGGUGUCCAGGAUCUGCGCAGUUGCUGCCGCAGAUGGAGGAGAUUCAGGAGCAUCUGCAGCGUCUGGGGAAAGCAGCGGCUCGCGAGCUGCGAUCCGCUCAGAGCUGCAUCCGACAGCAGCAGCAGCAGGAGCUUCAGGAGCAGCGGAGCAUCAGAGACGCCUUCAGAGAAUACUGCAGCUGUGUGUGUGCGUGUCUGCGCUCUCUCUCGCGUGAGCAGCGUCUGCGUCUGCAGCUGGAGUGUGUGAAGGCUGCGUGUCGUCUGGAUCGCUGUCUCGCUCUUCCACACGCCGUCUGUGAGCUCAAACGGCACGACGCUGACCCCAGUGACCCCGCCGUGACCCCUGCAGACGAGGAGACGGAGAGAUCAGAGGUCACAGAGCUGCAGUGUUUCCAGAGGUGUCUACAGGAGCGACUGCAGAAGAGCGACACGCAGAGCGACGCGCCGCAGCGGGUGAGAGCCCACCAUCACACCGAUCACAUGACCAGCACACACUCAGAGCAAGAGGAUCUUUCUCCUGUCGAGUGUCGUGAAACAAUCUCUGUCUCUGUCGAGGCUCUUGAGGAGGCGGAGCUCCGGCUUCAACAGGAGGCGCUGAAGUGGGAGGAGUCUGUGGAUGGGCGGGGCUGUUCGAGCUCAGAUGAUGAUGAUGAUGAUGAAGAGGAGGAUGUGUUUAUGGUGGACGGUGGAGUCACUGCUGUCCUGCAGGAGGCGCUCUUCAGGAGGCAGCCUUUGAUUGACAGAGUGCUGCGGAGGAAUCAGACACUAGAGCAUCAGAAAGAUCAACUUCAGCUGAAGAGACUGCAGACGUACUGUGAGCAGGAUCUGGAGUUUACAGCAGCGUUGGUCAAACAGUCUCUGAUGUCUGUUCCUGAUCUCCACAAAGUCCUGCGGCUCCUGCUUCCUACAGUACCUGAAGGAGAACUGCUGUCACUCGUAGACGCACUAGGACCCGGAGUCGGGGAAUCCGGAAGCUGCUCGUCUCUGGCAGACAGACUGAGACACGAUGUGCUGAGCAGAAAUCUGUCUGACGCUCUUCAGCACAGAGACAGAGACAGGUUCCUCAAGAAGCGUCAGAAGCGCCUCGACAAGCUGUUGUCCGGAGCUGGAGGUUCUGGAGAUGCUGAGGAGACUCAGCCGAGACGCCGCCGCAGACCAGAUCUUCCUGUGCCAGAACCUUCUGAGGAGACGGAGGCGGGGCCUGAGACGAGGGGCGGUGAGGGUGUGUGUCCCGAGGGCGUGGCUGCAGUCGAGGGGGCGUGGUCUGUGGGCGUGGCUCAGGACAGUCUCCUCUCUAUGAGGGAUGUUAGUGAAGGGGUGUGUCCCGAAGGCGUGGCUGCGGUUGAGGGGGCGUGGCCUGUGGGCGUGGCUCAAGACAGUCUCAUCUCUGCGGAGCGGCUGUUUGUUUUCCGCUGUGUUCCUCCUGCCGCCCAGCAGCACACGCAAACAUCUCGCUCACGCAAGAAGAAACGCAACUUCCUGAACUUCAAGAAGAGCAGUGUGGCUCCCCAGCCAAACAUGUGACACUACAUUGCAAAGCAUCAUGGGAAUGUAAUUAUGAGUCUUGUGUAUCUAUUGUUCUUUUAUCACGGGCGGGUCUGCCGAGAGCUGAUUGGUUGGGGGCGUUCAGCCGUCCAAUGACAUCAUCCAGAUGUGUUUUUCCUUCUGUCAGAUGAUCGACUGAUGCAACAAACACAAAAAGACCUUUGACCUGCAGCUUCAUGUUUACACUCCUUUUUAAUAAUCAACCUUUUUAUUUUAAUCAGCCAUGAUAAU